AUGGACGCCGAGAAGAUAAUUCACAAAUCACGCCUGGAAUGCCUCCCGACAGAGCUUAAACAACUCAUACUGGCUGCCAUUCCAGAUGUGAUGUCGCUGAGGUCCGCAGCAUUGUGUUGCUGGUCAAUGUACCAGGCAUUUAUGGGUGCUGAAAAAUUGAUUACUCCCCAGGUUCUUACCUCUCAGCUGAAUUCUGAGUUACUACACUAUGCCCUUGUCGCCCACGAAGCAGCCAAGCAUACCGUCCCUUGGACGCCAGAAACCGCUGAGGCUUUCAUAAGUGGUUUUUUGUCAAAAUCGAAUCCCAUGCUUGUCCCCAAGCCAUCCAGGCUCUCGGAAGCACUGCCUAUAGCCGGGUUCUACAAUCUCGUUCAGCACUUUGUGGAUGACUUCGUCUCUGCUAUGUUCAGCACGCCAUUUGGUCCAGCAAACCAAGAACCAGGAUCUUGGGCAUUGUCGUCAAGCGAAGUCAACCGCAUCGAGAUCGCAUUCUAUCGAUUUGAAAUAUACUGCAAGCUGUUCAAAGGAGGAACUGAUCAGGACCCUUUUGCCGACCAUCUUCCUGACCAAAAAGAAAUCUUUCACAAGAUGUUUCCCCCUUGGGAAAAACAGCAACUUGCCUGUGUUCACGAUUAUUUACUGGAGAGAGUGAAAAAUGUUUUCCGUGCAGCUCUACCGUCUAUUCCUCGCUGGUGCGAGUUUUUAUCCCUAGUGCAGGAAGGGAUCUAUCAUGGUUGUAUUGCAUACCAUUUAUCUCAGGGGCUGAGCUACCUCCACACACUGCUCAGCAACCCUCUAAUUAUUACCACUGAAGACUACGACCGUCCACUCCGCUCGACCCAGCUAUGGUUCCUCGAACAUAGCCUAAUUGACAUCGCGGCGCGGCAGUAUUUCACCACAGAAUCCUCUAACAUAGCGGAGGUGAAGAGGGCAUUUCCACACACGUCAGACCUGGACACUGGCCCGAUUGACGUCUGGGACUGGGCAAGGCGAUCAAGGGCCUACCGGCCCCUCGUGAGUAAUGAGCGCCCUAUUCCACUUCGCAAAUGGGGAUAUGUAAUGUGGGAUCGGGCAAGACUUGAUGGGUGGGGUGUACUCCGAACUACGUGGGGAGAGCGCGAGGCUUAUUCUGUGAUUCAAGUGAUGGAGAUCCAGCGAGCACAGGACAAAGACUUGAUUGAUGGUAUAGCGCAAGAACUUCAUCGAGAACGGACGCGGUUGUACCGUGAGCAGUGCAGGAGGCUAAGACGGCCGUAG